CUGGAUUGCCUUUUGCAAUUCUUACUUCAAGGCAUACCCCUUUCCACCGAGGAAUAUUCUGUAAUGAUGAGUCCAUCAAGUACCCUUACAAAGAAGACACCAUACCUUAUGCGUUAUUAGGUGGAAUAAUCAUUCCUUUCAGUAUUAUCGUUAUGAUUCUUGGAGAAACCCUGUCUGUUUACUUUAACCUCUUGCACUCAAAUUCCUUUAUCAGGAAUAAUUACAUAGCCACUAUUUACAAAGCUAUUGGAACAUUUUUAUUUGGUGCAGCUGCUAGUCAGUCCCUGACUGACAUUGCAAAAUACUCAAUAGGCAGACUGCGGCCUCACUUCUUGGAUGUUUGUGACCCAGAUUGGUCAAAAAUCAACUGCAGCGAUGGUUACAUCGAAAACUAUAUAUGUCGAGGGAAUGCUCAAAAAGUUAAGGAAGGCAGAUUGUCCUUCUAUUCAGGCCACUCUUCGUUCUCCAUGUACUGCAUGCUGUUUGUGGCGCUUUAUCUUCAAGCCAGAAUGAAGGGAGACUGGGCAAGACUCUUACGCCCCACACUGCAGUUUGGUCUUGUGGCUGCAUCCAUUUACGUGGGCCUGUCUCGAGUUUCUGAUUACAAACACCACUGGAGUGAUGUGCUGACUGGACUCAUUCAGGGAGCUCUGGUUGCAGUAUUAGUUGCUGUAUAUGUAUCAGAUUUCUUCAAGGAGAGAAAUUCCCCUUUUAAAGAAAGGAAAGAAGAGGACUCUCAUACAACUCUCCAUGAAACACCCACAACAGGGAAUCACUAUCGGAACAAUCACCAGCCUUAAAGGGCCCAGGAUGCCCACACGAAGCUGGCCUGCUCUCUGAAGGAAAACGACUGCAGCCAGAAGGCAGGAUGUGUCUCUCCCUGAUGUACAGGCCUUUCAAAGACUGCUGCUGCUAUACCUCUCGAUGCCCACUUUGUCUGUGUGUAUAUAGUUACCCUUAACACAGUGGUUAUCUAAUCGCUCUCAGUUCAUGAAAUAAGUUUCAAGCCUUCCACUAAAACAUUGCCCCACCUGUACAUUUUUUUAUUAAAAAAAUGUAAUGCUUAUGUACAAAUGUGUAUGUAAUAUGCUUUCUUAGCAUGAUAUUUGAUUUAAAUAUAACACCUAUUAAAAUG